GUCACGUGGGGAGGCGCGGGGUGGCUGACGGGAGCUGGCUGGGCUGAGGGCUGCGGGGCCGGCGCCCGCCGCGAGCUAUGGGGCUGCCGGCCGCGUAGGGGCCAUGCCGCCCGGGCCCCGGGCCUGUCCCGCUCCGCGCCGGGAUGGUGAACCUGGCGGCCAUGGUGUGGCGGCGGCUCCUGCGGAAGAGGUGGGUGCUCGCUCUGGUCUUCGGGCUCUCGCUCGUCUACUUCCUCACCAGCACCUUCAAGCAGGAGGAGAGUGCAGUGAGAGAUCGGAAUCUCCUCCAGGUUCAAGACCACGAUCAGCCCAUCCCAUGGAAAGUGCAGUUUAACUUGGGCAACAGCAGUCGGCCCAGCAACCAGUGCCGGAACUCCAUUCAAGGGAAGCACCUCAUCACGGAUGAACUUGGUUACGUUUGUGAGAGGAAAGAUUUGCUGGUAAAUGGCUGCUGUAACGUCAACGUCCCUGGCACAAAGCAGUACUGCUGUGAUGGCUGCUUGUCCAAUGGCUGCUGCAGCGCCUAUGAGUACUGUGUCUCCUGCUGCCUGCAGCCCAACAAGCAACUUCUCCUGGAGCGCUUCCUCAACCGGGCAGCUGUGGCAUUCCAGAACCUCUUCAUGGCAGUCGAAGAUCACUUUGAAUUGUGUUUGGCCAAAUGCAGGACCUCAUCCCAGAGCGUGCAGCAUGAGAACACCUAUAGGGAUCCCAUAGCAAAGUACUGCUACGGAGAGAGCCCUCCCGAGCUCUUCCCCGCGUGACGGUGAGGGAGACUCAACCCACUGGGAGGAUGCCCUGCUGAAGAACUUGUAGCCUGAAGCCCUUCUCUGGUCUUCAGGAGAAGACUUGACCUUGACCACUUCUUGUGUUGUGCUCUUUGACCUCACUCGCCCCCAGGCUUACCAGAUGGACUUGUUCCGUAAAGCAGUUGGAAAUGCCAGCCAGCGGGUUACAUUCAAGAAAGACAAGACUGUGGGCGACCUGGUGAAGGCAUCAGCACUCUGAGCGCCUCUGCUCUGCGGCUGCUCGGGGACCUGUGGGCAUCUGUGUGUGUUUUCCCCGGGCCCUUCACUGUAAAGUUAUUUAUUGGACUUCUUUAGAGUAGUGGGAAAAUUCUCAUGUUUCCUAUAGGAAAAUUCCUUGAUAGUUGAGUAUAUUCAAGGAGAUUGUUCUUGUUAUUUUCUUGUGUUCUUGAGUUUCAAGAGUGAGAUCGACCCUUCACCCAGAUAAAAUGUUUGGUCUCUUAGAACAUGUAUGUUCUCUCGAGGUGGUUUGUUCUUGGUUUUGUUUUAACAGCCUCUUCAAGAGUGGGCCCUGAACGCCGUGUCCUGACAUCUAAAAUUGUCUAGAAACUCAGAUGCUGUUCCCUUCUCAUCCUGUGCCAACUUCCUAGCAGCUGGCACCAUGUGCUCUCAGGUUUUUUCCUAGUGGUAUUUGGAUAUGCUUGUUUACCUGUGUGCAUGCACCGUUUUAACCAGAAAUUCUGCCUUGUUGUCCUGGAGGGUUCUGUUCUUGUUUCCUCUGCCCCUGUUGAAAUGACUGGUCUGCUCAGCCGUGGGACAGUGGGAGCCUCAGGAAAGUCAUCUGCUGGGCGGCCUUCUCCUCUUCUGUCAUGGAAACCCAUCUUAAGGCGAUUCCUCAGUGGAGAUACAUCUCGCAACUGACUGUAAGUGGUCGUCCUUUAUCGCUUUCAGUUUCGGGAGAUGUAAUAGGUACAGACAUUUGGUUUCCCUGUGAUUUACAAAGAAGAACAAAACUCAAGUUUCUGUCAGGGUGCCCUAAGAGACUCACAUCUACCCUCCGUGGACAUUGGAUGUGCAGGCUGCUGGUCCACAUGCUGGAGGCGUCCUGUGUUUCUAAUAUGACACUAACCCUCUCUGGUCAAGGCUGAGAGUAUUUGGUCCUCAGAUCAAGACGUCGUGCCCCUCUUUGCUCUCCGGAGUUACAUUACUGCACACUGUUCUUUCGCAGAGCCCCUCACUAACCCUGGUAUUGGGCAGGGUCUUCCUUGUUCUUUUUCGGUUGUUCAGCGGUUGCCCUCGGAGCAGAGCACGAGAUUUACAGCACGCUUUCAGCAUUUUUAUUUCAGUGGAGCUUUUUCCUUGGGCCAUGUUUGCCUUCCUGUAUGUUUCUUCAGUCUAUUCAAUGGAAUAAUUUCCCUUAACUCCUUCCUGUUACUUACACGUAUCUUCCCAAAAUAGUUUGUCCCACUAAGUCAACUUUCUUAGACGGUGAACUGUCUGGCAGUUGUUUUUAAUGUUAGAUCCCAGGAAAUCUAUUCAGUUUGCAUCAGGUUUUUCAGAUUCUGUGUGUGUUCACUGGUGCUAAAUCAGACUGUGUGUGAAAGUAAUGGACACGUCUGCAUGUUUUACCAACUCAUUGCUUUUGGUAACUCAGUCUGUCUCCUGGUAGUUGUCACUGACCAACCUCUCCUUUGAGCUUAUUUGAACCCUUGGGCAAUAACAUAGAUUUACUGUGAAAACAGUUUAUAUCAAAGGUCAGCCAUAGCUGUUUAUUCUGUAUAUGAAUAUUGGCGAGCACGUUUUGCAUCUUCGCUGCUUUCACAGCCUCUGCAACUUAGGUAGAGAAUUAAGCUCGUUUGUUCCCACCUCGUAGAUGAGGAAGUGGAGUGAAGUGACUUCCCUGGGCCCCAUGACGGAACCAAAACACGACCUUCAUCUCCGGCGCUGGGUCCACUGUCCUUCCCACCACCCCUCGCCAGCUCCAACGCUGACUCAUCUGUAAACACUCCUCUGAGAGCGUACAGAUCUUGGUUGUCCAGGCCAGCAGAGGGGAGAGGUGGUAUAAGUAGCCAAAUUGGGUCAAUAAUCCAAAGGUCAUUUUCAUCCAGCCCUGGAGUAUGUUUUUCUAUACUCCUAAGAGGCAUGUUCGCUGUUUUGGAAAGUCACGGUACUGCAGACUCUGUAACGAAGCCACCCAAGGACGUGGAACGUCAUGGGCCUCCCCAGGCUUCUAGCCCGGGCCCCACCCUGCUCCCCUCUCUGGUUUGUUUCUGGUUUCUUCAACUGAAGGUUUCCAGAAUUAGGGAACUUGUCGUAGUUUUGUAUGCCCAGAGCUUAGCAAAGUGCGUGAUACACAUCGGAUUUUAAGAAAAGAUCAGAGAAGGAAUGAAAACACCUUUAGUUUAGAAGAAAAUUUUUUAAAUUGUUAUGUUUGGGGUGAAAGGUAAUUGGGUAAUUCAAAGCAUUUCCCUCAGUUCUGAAUCUUAAUUGCCAUGCUCGUUGCUGGAGCAAUAAAGAUAAGAUAUGUUCUAACAGGGAAAGAAGCAUUCUGUAGAAAAAGGUACUGCCUCCACAGGGCCUGGGACUUGGGGUGGCCCUGGACCUGGUGACGCUGGGGCUGGCAUCGAAGGGCGAGCUCAGCAGCUCAUGGAAAAGCGGGGGAUAGGAUUUUAGAGCAGGAUUUGCAGUUUUUGGCCUGCUCCCGGAGCUGACUUGGAGGCUGUCCAGGGAGUGCCUCAGUUGGUGAGGCUGCAAAGGCGCUGUGGGAGCUGUGUGCAAGGUUCCGAGCAAGCUGUUCCCAUCGUUGGGAUUUGCAGGUAGAUUGUAAAUGAACAGAGAUGUUGCUUAUUUAGUCUACUCUUUUUUUUUUUUAAUGGUUAUUGGACUAUAGUUGCUUUACUCUGUUGUGUUAGUUUCUACUGUUAUUUAGUCUACUCUUCACAGGCUGGAGAGAAUUCGGCCUCGCAGUCAGUAACUCCUACUUAUUAAGACAUGGCCUUGCCUAGUCUUUCCUCUUCUGAGUCCCAGGCCCUGCUCUGUGAUAUGGGAUCGCAUCUGCUCCUCGUGGAGUUGUUGUGAGGUGUUGGAGUGAGUAAAGGCCCAGUGCUGGGCAUGAAGUCCACAUCUGCAGUCCAGUGGGGGUCUGACAUCACAUAGUUGGCAAGGUGGGGAUGGGUGGGUCCCUUGGGUGGAAGGGUGGCAACUACAGAGUUCUAGGUAUUAUUUUUACUACUAUUUUUAGAAGAACUCAUGCUAAAGAUAAUUUUUAAAAUGCAGGUAAUUCAGAAAUGUGUCAAGAUGAAAGUAAUAAUGACCUAAAAUCAUACAACCUAGAGAUCAGCCCAUUUUUUUCUCUUCCCUCAUGACUUUCUAGGCAGAUAUGAGAAUACUUUUUCUUCUUGAAAGCAAUCCUCUGAUGGACAUCCUUCUAUGUGACAUAUAGGCCUAUCUAAUAAUUUUUAG